UCUACAGGGUUCUUGAAAAAGUGAGUUUGGAAUAGUUCCAUCAUCUAUCUAGGCUCACCUCUCCUGGGCGCGUUAGGGCUGGCCGGCUGACGGCCACGUACGGAAGCCUAGAGGGCGCCGCCCACCCAGACGGGAGCCGCCUUGCCUCGCCUGGCCGGGCCUGGACUCGCCAACCCGCAGCUUCCCUCCCGGCGCUGUCGCUGGCAGCUCCUCCUCCUCUCCGCCCCGCGGGCUGGGGGACGUCAGCGCUGCCAGCGUGGAAACAGCUGUCUGGCGCGGGAGGCGGAAGUCGUGCCAGGCCGCCACCGGCCUCCGCCGACCGCUUCAGCCAUGGAGGCGUCCCUGGAGAAGUGGACAAGAUAUGGUGAGCAUCCUACAGCUGGUUCAGAAUCUGAUGCAUGGAGAUGACGAUGUGGAGCCCCAGAGUACCCGAAUCCAGAAUAUUGGAGAACAAGGUCACAUGGCUUUGUUGGGGCAUAGUCUGGGAGCUUAUAUUUCAACUCUGGACAAAGAAAGGCUGAGAAAACUUACAACUAGGAUACUUUCAGAUACUACUUUAUGGCUCUGCAGAAUUUUCAGGUAUGAAAAUGGCUGUGCUUAUUUCCAUGAAGAAGAAAGAGAAGGACUUGCCAAGAUUUGUAGGCUUGCCAUUCAUUCUCGAUAUGAAGACUUUGUAGUAGAUGGAUUUAACCUGUUGUAUAACAAAAAGCCUGUUAUAUAUCUUAGUGCUGCUGCAAGACCUGGCCUGGGCCAGUACCUUUGUAAUCAGCUUGGUUUGCCCUUUCCGUGCUUGUGUCGUGUGCCUUGUAACACUAUGUUUGGGUCCCAGCAUCAGAUGGAUGUUGCCUUCCUGGAGAAACUGAUUAAAGAUGACAUAGAACGAGGAAGACUGCCCUUGUUGCUUGUUGCAAAUGCCGGAACUGCAGCAGUCGGGCACACAGACAAGAUUGGACGUUUGAAAGAGCUCUGUGAACAGUAUGGCAUAUGGCUUCAUGUGGAGGGGGUGAAUCUGGCAACAUUGGCUCUAGGUUAUGUCUCUUCAUCAGUUCUGGCUGCAACUAAAUGUGACAGCAUGACAUUGACUCCUGGCCCCUGGCUGGGUUUGCCUGCUGUUCCUGCAGUGACACUGUACAAACAUGACGAUCCUGCCUUGACAUUAGUUGCUGGUCUUACAUCAAAUAAGCCAGCAGACAAACUCCGUGCCCUGCCUCUCUGGUUGUCUUUACAAUACUUGGGACUUGAUGGGAUUGUGGAGAAGAUAAAGCAUGCCUGUCAACUUAGUCAGCGGUUGCAGGAAAGUUUGAAGAAAGUGAACCACAUCAAAAUUUUGGUGGAGGAUGAGCUCAGUUCUCCAGUAGUGGUGUUCAGAUUUUGCCAGGAAUUACCAAACUCAGAUCCAGUUUUAAAAGCAGUCCCAGUACCCAGCAUGGCGCCCUCCACAUUCGGCCGGGAGAGACAUUCCUGUGAUGCUCUGAAUCGCUGGCUGGGAGAACAGUUGAAACAGCUGGUGCCUGCAAGUGGCCUCACUGUCAUGGAUUUGGAGGUCGAGGGCAUGUGUGUGCGCUUCAGCCCCUUGAUGACAGCAGCAGUGUUAGGAACACAAGGAGAGGAUGUGGAUCAGCUUGUAGCCUGCAUCCAAAGCAAACUGCCUGUCCUGACCUGUACGCUGCAGCUGCGAGAAGAAUUCAAGCAGGAAGUAGAGGGGACUGCAGGUCUUCUAUAUGUCGAUGACCCCAACUGGCCUGGAAUAGGGGUUGUCAGGUAUGAACAUGCUAAUGAUGAUAAGAGCAGUUUGAAAUCAGAUCCAGAGGGAGAAAAAAUCCAUUCUACACUCCUGAAAAAGUUAAAUGAACUGGAAUCUGACCUUACAUUUAAAAUGGGCCCUGAGUACAAGAGUAUGAAGAGCUGCAUUUAUGUUGGUAUGGUAAGCGACAACAUAGAUGUUUCUGAACUGGUGGAGACCAUUGCAGUCACAGCUCGGGAAAUUGAAGAAAACUCAAGGCUUCUGGAAAAUAUGACAGAAGUCGUCCGAAAAGGAAUUCAAGAAGCUCAGGUUCAGCUGCAGAAGGCAAAUGAGGAACGACUUCUGGAAGAGGGAGUGUUGCGGCAGAUCCCUGUAGUAGGAUCCGUGCUGAAUUGGUUUUCUCCAGUACAAGCUUCACAAAAGGGAAGAACAUUUAACUUAACAGCAGGCUCUCUGGAGUCUACAGAACACACAUACGUCUACAAAGUACAAGGAACAGGAGUGACGCCGCCUCCAACGCCUUCGGGCAUUCACACCAAACAGAGACUUCCAGGUCAGAAGCCCUUUAAAAGGUCCCUAAGAGGUUCAGAUGCUGUGAGUGAAACCAGCUCGGUCAGUCACAUUGAAGACUUGGAAAAGGUGGAGGACAUGUCCAGUGGGCUGGAGCCAAGUACCCCAGAGGCCCACAGGCCUGAGCAACCGCCAGGGGUUCCUGCCUCUCAAGCCAGCCAGAUUGAAGCCCUCCGGAACAGGACCCAGCAUCCCAAAGAUGACCAUCCACAGGUGGAAGAGCCAGAGAGCUUAAGAUAAAAUUCAUUGUUGGGUUUGAGACUGUACUGAUAGUUGUUUCAGGGAAGAAGUUACACUGCACGUGUGAAUUGUGCCACAUGUUCAUCCAAUAGACAUGACUUAUUUGUGCUGAAUUGGGAUUUUUGCACAAAUAAAUGCCUGAAAGCCAGGCUUUCCAGGAGGGCAAUCCAUUAUUUUAUGUGUAUGCAGAACAACCAACUAUUGUUUCUGCCUGUCCAAGUGUAGUAAAACCAUUUUCCUCCUAA